CAGAGAGAGAGGAACCUGGAGACUGGAAUCUGUAAUCUGGAGCCUGCGCACUGUUCGCACUACUCACUGGUCUCGCCGGUGCUGGUCCCCGGUUGAGCCAGACAAGAAGAUCAAGCCACGCGGGGCGGCCGGAUGAUGCUUUCCGCUUGUGUACCAGCGGUGUGGAUUUACAAAGAGCGCCUGGUGGCGGAGCUCGAAUGAGAGGGAGUCUGAGUGGAGUACCGCCGCGGGGCUCCAGCAGCAGCACUGCCCGACUGGGCAAAGGAGGACAACAGGAGGAAGGAGGCAAUGUGUGCAGGGUUCUGAGUGCACCUGGACGACCCCCACAACCUCUCUGUCUGGUCUCAGCCAGAUCAGAACUGCCAUCAUCACCUACAUCAUCAUCAGCACCAUCACCAUGAGGAGUGCUCCUCAGCGCCUGUCACAAUUGCUGCUCUCCCUCAUGCUCCUCUCACAACUAUGCUCAGGCAUCAAGUGGCUGGCCCUGUCACGGACGCCCACCUUUCUGCACGUGAACCAGACGCAGCACUGCAAGCGACUGGAGGGUUUGGUCUCCUCGCAGGUGCAGCUCUGCCGCAGCAACCUGGAGCUUAUGCACACCAUCAUCCAAGCUGCGCGGGAGGUCAAGAAGACAUGCCAGAAGACCUUUGCCGACAUGCGUUGGAACUGCUCAUCCAUCGAGAACGGACCCAACUACCUCCCGGAUCUCGAGAGAGGCACGAGGGAGUCGGCAUUUGUGUACGCCCUCUCUGCAGCAGCCAUCAGCCAUACAAUUGCCCGAGCAUGCACUACAGGCGACCUGCGCCUCUGCUCCUGUGGGCCCAUCCCUGGCGAUAUCCCAGAGCCAGGCUACCGCUGGGGGGGCUGUGGUGAUAACCUGCACUACGGCCUUGUGAUGGGCUCCAAGUUUUCCGAUGCGCCCAUGAAGAUGAAGAAGUCUGGCUCGCACGCUAACAAGCUCAUGCAUCUGCACAAUAGCGAAGUGGGCCGCCAGGUCCUACAGAAUGCCAUGGAGAUGAAGUGCAAGUGUCAUGGAGUGUCUGGUUCAUGCUCCAUCAGGACCUGCUGGAGAGGUUUGCAGGAUCUGAAGGACAUUGCCAUGGACCUAAAGACCAAGUACCUGUCUGCCACCAAGGUGGUGCAUCGGCCCAUGGGCACCCGUAAGCAGCUCGUCCCCAAAGACAUUGACAUCCGGCCAGUGAGGGAGAAUGAGCUUGUGUACCUGCAGAGCUCGCCCGACUUCUGCAGCAGGAAUGACAAACUGGGCUCAGUCGGCACUCAGGACAGGCAGUGCAACAAGACGUCCAACGGCAGCGACAGCUGUGACCUGAUGUGCUGUGGCCGGGGCUACAACCCCUACACCGAGAAGCUGGUGGAGCGCUGCCACUGCAAGUAUCACUGGUGCUGUUACGUGACGUGCAAAAAGUGCGAAAGGACUGUGGAGCGAUACGUGUGCAAAUGAGGCGCCGCGUCACCCCUUCCCCACCAACUACCAACCCGCCUUUCCUCUUACAGAUAACCAAAGCACUAUGUACCAAGGACACUUACUUUUGUCUUAAGCUGCAGUGUGCGUAUUUUAAUAAGGACGGUUUUUUAUUUUUGUGGCACUAUUUUUUCUGAAUGUUGUUUUUUUAAUGAAAUCCUGCCCUGCAACAGAUUUUCCCCUCCCAUUUAAAAAUGUCAAUGCGGGGUACCGUGACACUGCCUGUCGGUUACGUGAAGACCGCUGUCCUUGGGGAUUUUUUUUUAAACCCGCAAAAAUCCACACGCUCACCAGAUUCGGAUAUCAGAGGCCUUUUUUUGCGUAUUACAGUUUAUUACAAAAAUGAUGUUGACAUUUUAUGCGGGGAACCUCUUAUGUUUCCAUACGGCUGGAAACGCCUUUGUAGACUUGGAUGGAUUUGACUGUAAAUAUACACUGCAGAGCCAUUCCGUGAGACUCGAAGAGUUGUGAACUAUCUGUGGGAUUAUUUGGUGGUGCCCUUUUAUGGACAAAAAGAGUGAAAGAUGGUGCCCAGUAAGCAAAGGGAACUUCCAGUACUGCUUCUGUUGUGGAUUUUUACAUAGCUUAUGUUAAAGGCCUAAAUGUGCAGUUAAUCUCUCCAGACCUAAACAAGGAAAAAACUGCAUUUAUGUGUUUCUACUGGCAUGGAGAAUAAAGUGUGUUUGCAUUGUUAAAUAUUCCCAGAACAUAUGGAAUGCAGGUAGUGCAAAGCUAACACUUUAGAGUAUGUGGACUGAAUUCA